AUGGGAGAUUCGAUGAUUAACGGACUACCAUCAAUCGAAUAUGAUUAUUUAAUUAAAUUUUUAGCACUUGGAGACUCCGGUGUUGGUAAAACGACCUUCCUCUAUCAGUAUACCGAUGGUCAAUUUAAUCCAAAAUUUAUCUCUACUGUUGGUAUCGAUUUUCGAGAAAAACGUGUUGUUUAUAAACCAAAAUCGUCACAAAAUGCCAAACCUUAUAGAAUACAUUUACAAUUAUGGGAUACCGCUGGACAAGAACGAUUCCGUAGUUUAACAACGGCAUUUUUUCGUGAUGCAAUGGGUUUUAUAUUGAUGUUUGAUUUGACAAAUGAAACGUCUUUCUUAAAUGUUCGUAAUUGGUUAGCUCAAUUGCAAUGUCAUGCCUAUUGUGAAGAUCCAGAUGUGAUUUUAGUAGGAAAUAAAGCUGAUAGAGAAGAUUCACGAAUUGUCUCACAAACACGGGCAAAAGAAUUAGCGGAUAAAUAUAAUUUACCAUAUAUAGAAACAUCAGCAUUUACAGCACACAAUGUUAAAGAAGCAAUUGAAACAUUGUUAGAAAGAGUAAUGCAACGAAUGGAAAAAACGAUUGACAAAUCCAUAUUUCCUGUUCGUCAACCACAGCAAGCACCAGUUGAAAAUACCGAAAAAUCAGCGCACCGAACUGAAUCGAAUGAUAUGUCAGUUGUAUGUUUUUAUGCACAAAAAAUCAUUCGAGUUAAUGAAAUGACAGAUUUGCAGCAUUUCCGUGGAAAUUUUGGCUAG